AGAUUAAAGCAAUUGCAAGAGCAAAGAUUCUUCUUUUUCCCUUUUUUUUCUGGGGGGGUGGGGGGUGGGGUGGGGGGAGGGAGCGCCCCCAGACUUUCCAGGACAUCACCCCCUGCCCCAAGCACGCAAUAAACACUGACAAGAAAAAGUUUUUAUUUCCUGGUUCAACUUUUUUUUUUCCUGGAAUAUAUAGACUGAAGAAUGGGAAUAAAUAGGACUAAAUAACAAAGCGAGGCCGCGCACGCCGGGAUGCGCCUGGCUGCAGCCAGCGAGGCCAUUGUCUCCCCGCCCUGAAGCCAGCCCCGGCGCCUUUCUCCAGCUCUUUUCCUUUCCCGGCCCUCUUUUUGUUUUUUUUGUUUUUUUUUUUUUUUAAUUUUCUUUUUUAAAAAGACGCCCCCUCCAGCCCCCUCGCCGGUGACCUUGGCCGCCUCGGAUGCUCUGAUUCCACGCGGCUCGCUCUAACUUGUCCCCGCGCCGGCCGGGCCCAUGGCCGCGUCGGAGGACGGGAGCGGCUGCCUCGUGUCGCGGGGCCGCUCGCAGAGUGACCCCAGCGUCCUCACCGACUCCUCGGCCACCUCCUCCGCGGACGCCGGGGAAAACCCAGAUGAGAUGGACCAAGCGCCCCCGGCGCGUCCUGAAUAUCUGGUCUCAGGGAUUCGAACUCCCCCUGUGAGGAGGAACAGCAAACUGGCCACCCUGGGCAGGAUCUUCAAACCCUGGAAAUGGAGGAAAAAGAAAAACGAAAAACUGAAGCAGACAACGUCAGCGCUGGAGAAGAAGAUGGCCGGCAGGCAAGGCCGAGAGGAGCUCAUCAAGAAGGGACUGCUGGAGAUGAUGGAGCAGGAUGCUGAAAGCAAAACGUGCAACCCCGAUGGAGGACCCCGAUCUGUGCAGAGUGAACCACCUACUCCCAAGUCGGAGAUGCUGACUUCAGAAGAUGCCCAGCCUGGAAGCCCCUUGGCCACUGGGAAGGACCAGGUCUCCCUGGACAAGCCACUGUCCUCAGCCGCCCACUUGGACGAUGCAGCCAAGAUGCCAUCUGCAUCCAGUGGUGAAGAAGCAGACCCUGGCAGCCUCCUGCCCACCACCGAUGAGCUCUCCCAAGCCUUAGCUGGGUCUGACUCCCUGGACAGUCCUCCCAGACCUCUGGAGAGAUCUGUGGGCCAGCUCCCCAGCCCCCCACUGCUGCCCACUCCGCCACCCAAGGCAAGCUCCAAAACCACAAAAAAUGUCACAGGCCAAGCUGCACUUUUCCAAGCCUCCAGCAUGAAGAGUGCCGACCCUCCGCUCCGGGGCCAGCUCUCCACACCCACAGGGUCUCCGCAUCUCACCACGGUCCACCGGCCUCUUCCCCCAAGCCGCGUCAUUGAGGAGCUGCACAGGGCGCUGGCCACGAAGCACCGCCAGGACAGUUUUCAAGGAAGGGAAAGUAAAGGGUCUCCAAAGAAGCGGGUGGAUGUCCGUCUGUCGAGAACGUCCAGCGUGGAGCGGGGCAAGGAGAGGGAGGAGGCUUGGAGCUUUGACGGGGCCUUGGAGAACAAGCGAACUGCCGCUAAGGAAUCUGAGGAGAACAAGGAGAACCUGAUCAUGAAUUCUGAACUCAAGGACGACUUGCUUUUGUAUCAGGAUGAGGAGGCGCUGAACGACUCCAUUAUUUCUGGAACACUACCACGGAAAUGCAAGAAGGAGCUCCUGGCUGUGAAGCUAAGGAACCGACCAAGCAAACAGGAACUGGAAGACCGGAACAUUUUCCCCCGAAGGACUGAUGAAGAAAGACAGGAGAUCCGGCAGCAGAUCGAGAUGAAGCUCUCCAAACGGCUGAGCCAAAGACCUGCCGUGGAAGAGCUGGAGAGAAGAAAUAUCUUGAAACAAAGGAAUGAUCAAACAGAGCAGGAAGAAAGAAGAGAAAUCAAGCAAAGAUUGACAAGAAAGCUUAAUCAGAGACCCACUGUUGAUGAAUUAAGAGACAGAAAAAUUCUGAUACGAUUCAGUGAUUAUGUGGAAGUAGCAAAAGCGCAGGACUAUGACAGGAGGGCAGACAAACCCUGGACGAGACUGUCAGCAGCAGAUAAGGCAGCAAUUCGUAAAGAAUUAAAUGAGUACAAAAGUAAUGAAAUGGAGGUACAUGCAUCAAGCAAGCACUUGACAAGAUUCCACAGGCCAUAAAGAGAUUUUCUUCUGAGAAGAAUUUGUGUUUAAUUUUUUGAUACCAACACUGAACAUUCAUCAGGGAACUUUCCUGAAGUUCAGCUCAAGACUACCUGCUGUGUUUGUGAGAAGAGCAGGAUCACACACACAGGUGCAAUCUUGACCACACUUACCUGCAAGAGGAGUAACCAGAGGACACACUUCCUUCCUUCUUUGGUGUCUGAGGAGUGUGAACUGUUGGGGUCAGUCAAGACCCAACAUAACUCUAUCAGAAGAAAACUGUUGUUUGCCUUUCAACCUUGUUUUACAGUUCUGCAGUGUAAUGGAGAACGGGCAACGUGCAUGUGCAGGCUCACCACUCCCAGGCCUCUGACAUGAGGGACAUGUGACAAUGUCAUUCAGUAUUAUGUUUAAAAGACAUUUUUAUCCUGAUCAUUAUUAAUUUGAAAACUCUUUAAGUUCAUGUUAUACAAAAUGAUUUACUGUAUUAUACUUUUCCUUUUUUAUAUAAUGUCUAACAAAAAAUACAGCUGCAACAUUUUGAUUCCUGUUAAUUUUGUUCUUUAAUUAAAUGACUACUUAUUGCAGGAAAUUAA